AUGGAUAAUUUUGAAAGAACAGAACAAAAUUUUCAACAUGUUUGCAAUACAUUAACAAGAAGAAUUAAACAGUUACCAAAUUUUGGUGGUGAAAGGAAAAAGGUUGCAAUUAGAGAAGCUGAGACCGAUAUAGAUGAAGCUUUAAGAUAUAUUUCAGAAAUGGAAAAAAUAGCACAGAAUCAUUCACAAAGAGUAAGAUUACAAGCUAAAGUUAAACAAUAUCAACAAGACAUCCAAAAAUAUAAAAGAGAGUUACAAUUAGCACAAAAUACAUCAUCAAAUUCAGUAAAUAAUCCAUUUUUAUCAGGUCCAGAGGAUUACCAAUCACAAUAUGACAACCAAAGACAGCAUUUAUUAUCAGGUAGUAACAUGUUAGACUCAACAUCAGAUAGAUUAUUAAGAACUCAUCAAAUUUCAGAACAAAAUCAACAAAUUGGAGAAAAUAUUUUAAUGGAUUUAGGUAAACAAGGCCAACAACUUAGAGGAAUGAGAGAUAAACUAGAUGAAACCGAUGAUAAUAUAAAGUCAGCAAGAAAAAUUAUGACUGGUAUGGCCAGAAGACUAGCAACCAAUAAAGUUAUUUUAUCAUUUAUUAUUCUUUUAUUACUAGGUAUCAUCGCUUUGAUUAUUUGUCUUAAAUGGUUAAGAUAA